AUGGGAGAAGAAACUCAAGCAGCUUUGAUGCAGGCCCUCCGUGAUCUGCAAGAAGAGAUGAAGAACAUGAGACAAGAACUUGGAGGCAGGAUGGACCGGAUUGAGCAUAGGCCAGUCAUUAGGCCACAGAGACGAGUUGACUUUGGAACAGCUCAGGCCAAUACAAUGCCAGCGGGCACAGCUCCAAGAAGAACCGGAAUACACUUCAACGACAUUCCGGAGGCUAGCAAUACUCAUCAACAACCAGAAGAUGACCCCGGACCUUUCUAUCCCCAAAACCAGAAUCAAAGGAGAACUGAGGAACAAGAUGACUAUGGCGAAGAAGAUGAAGAGGAUGAGGACUUCUUACCCCGGCCAAGAGCCCCACGCAGGCAAAACCGCAACCAAGGGUUUGAAGAAGGAGACUUCUUACCGCCACAGAGAGCUCCACGCCAACAAAACUAUAAUCAAGGACCAGAGCACAUCAAGAUGAAUGCUCCCGGCUAUGCGGGAAAGGUUGAUCCAGAAGCUUACCUAGACUGGGAGAAAAGGAUGGAUCACAUUUUUGCCUACUAUAACCACCCUGGUCCUAAAAGAGUUGCUUUGGCAGUAGCCCAGCUCACGGACAAUGCUCUUUCCUGGUGGGAUAGAUUAUACUCCGAUAGGAGAAGGAACGGCCUGAGGCAACUAGACUCUUGGUUAGACAUGAAAGAUGCGAUGAAGCAACGGUUUGUGCCUCAACACUUUCACAGAGACUUGCAAAGGAAGUUACGGGCACUCAAGCAGGGCAGCAAGUCAGUGGAAGAAUACUAUGAAGAGUUUGAGAAACUAAGAAACCGCUUGGACCUUAAUGAAGAUGAGGAAGCUACCAUGGCUCAGUUCUUCGACGGUUUACAGGAGAGGUUAAGCUGCAAGGUGGAGAUACAUGUUUAUGCUGACAUGAAGGACCUGUUCCAUCUAGCUAUCCAAGCUGAACAACACAUCAAGAAGAAGAGCUCCAAGGGCAAGUCUCAAGUUUCUUGGAAUUCAAGCAAUAGCAACUACAACAAGUCGGUGGACAAAGGAAAAGGGGUUGAAGGAGACAGCCAGACUAAGCCUCGCACCACCGAACCCACGAAGGACAACAAAACCGAGCCAGCCAAAACUACCAACCCCCAACGUGCCAGAGACAUCACAUGUUUCAAAUGUAGAGGCCGAGGACACAUGGCAAGAGAAUGCCCAAUUCAGAGGGUUAUGCUGCUCACUGAUGACGACUAUGAGUCUCGUGAUGAAGGAGAAGUACCUGAGAUUCAAGAAGAGUAUGGAGAGGUUGAAUAUGCUGAUGUGGGAGAGAGCUUGAUGAUCAGACGUGUGCUUAGCGUCCUAGUGCAACCCGUCGAGACAAUCCAAAGAGAAAACAUAUUCCACAGCCGUUGCACCAUAAAAGGCAAGGUAUGUAACCUUAUCAUAGAUGGUGGGUCUUGUACUAAUGCUGCUAGUGCUUACAUGGUAGAGAAACUUGGCCUAGAAAAGACAAAGCAUCCGCAUCCAUAUAGGCUAAGGCGGUUAGAUGAUAAGGUUGAGCUUAAAAUUAAAGAACAAGUGACCAUUCCAUUUAGCAUUGGUAAGUAUCAAGAUGAAGUAGUUUGUGAUGUAGUCCCUAUGCAAGCUGGACAUGUAUUGUUAGGAAGACCAUGGCAGUGGGAUAGAGAAACUAAGCAUGAUGGUAGAACUAACAUGUAUACAUUCAUGCAUGAUAAGCGUAAGAUAAGCUUAGCACCUCUCACCCCAGCACAAGUUCAUGAAAUUCAUUUGCAAAUGGUUAAGAAAAAGGAAAAGUAUGUUAAAUCAAACUUUCUUAUCCGUCCUAGCUGCGUAAGAAAGGCUGCUGCUACCAAACACACAAUGCUACUAAUGAUCUUUAAGGAGCUUUUGAGUGCAGGUUCUGAUGAGUUAACUCUUCAUCCAGAGAUUACUAAGCUUCUUGACAUGUUCAAAGAUGUGUUUCCAGAGGAGAUUCCACACGGUUUACCCCCACUCCGAGGCAUUGAGCACCAGAUAGAUUUUGUGCCAGGAGCUGCUCUGCCAAACAAACCGGCUUAUAGGGUGAACCCGGAAGAGACUAAGGAGUUGGAGAGACAAGUUCAGGACCUAUUGGACAAAGGAUACGUGAGGGAGAGCCUCAGUCCAUGCGCUGUACCUGUCUUACUUGUACCAAAGAAGGACGGGACAUGGAGAAUGUGUGUAGACUGCUGA